AUGGCAGUGGGGAUCCGAAUAGAGAACACAGCAGGGCCACGUGGCAAGCAGGCAGUGGCUCUCAAGAUCUCCGCCGACCGCUCCGCCAUCUACGACAGCGCCAUCACGGGCCACCAGGACACGCUCUCUGUGGACCGAGGCAACUUUAUGGCAGUGGGGAUCCGCGUGGAGAACACAGCAGGGCCACGUGGCAAGCAGGCAGUGGCUCUCAAGAUCUCCGCCGACCGCUCCGCUGUUUACGACUCUGCCAUCACGGGUUACCAGGAUACGCUCUCGGUGGACCGAGGCAAAUUCAUGGCAGUGGGGAUCCGGAUAGAGAACACAGCAGGGCCACGUGGCAAGCAGGCAGUGGCUCUCAAGAUCUCCGCCGACCGCUCUGCCAUCUACGACAGCGCCAUCACGGGAUACCAGGACACGCUCUGUGUGGACGCCGGGCGGCAGUACUACAGCAGCUGUUACAUCUCGGGAUUCACGGAUUUCAUCUUUGGGGAUGCGGCCGCGCUGAUCGACCGAUCGACGGUGGAGAUGCGCUUGGGGAAAUCGACGGCUGUGAUCACGGCGUCCGGGAGGGAGACUAAUACCCCCACGGGGAUUGUGAUUCGCGGGUGUAAUGUGACGGCGGGGGAGGGGGUGAAGGAGGGCUCGUUUGGGCGGCCGUGGAAGAAUUGCUCUCGGGUCGUGAUGAUCGGCAAUUACCUUCCAAAGCCCAUGGAAGCUCUGUGCAUGGGUGGUGGUGAUGAUCGGCAAUUACCUGCCUGCGGUGAGUGCAUUUCUCUCGAGUCUUGCUUGGCUUGGCCAAUGUUCUGGUAUGUGGACGGGGAUGUUCCUGCCUUUGCCAUCCCCGUUCACAUGCCUUAA